AUGUCCCUUCCCUUUUAUUUCUCCCUCUGUUUUCUUUGUUCUCUUUCAUUUAUUCUUCCUGUUCCUUCUCUGGGUGCCAACGACACCGUUCCAUGUCCCUUGAACAUCACGGUGCUCCGCGUGGUGGGCGGCGGCGCCCGUCCCUCAUUCGACGCCGGCACUCAGUGCCAUUACAUCCUGCAGGCCCUGCAUCUCCUCCAGGCGGACUACCUCCGCCGCAGCAGCUUCUUUGUGCCGCCGCUCAACGCCUCCGAGUCCUGCUGGGCCUCCUUCCAGUCCUUCAUCAACGAAUUCGACCCCAACAUCGAUAUCCGCUCCUCCUGCGGUCUCCAAACCGCGUGGAUCUCCCAAGGCUGCAUGAACAUCACCACCAAAAAGGAGUUCGAAGACACCGUCCCCACCGCCGCAAUCCAAGCCGUCCAAGAUAACUGCAACCAGUCCCUCGAGAACAACGCCCCUUGCGCCCUCUGCACCACCAAGCUCUCCAACCUUCUCUCCUACUUAACGGGCCCAACCGUCGGGAACGUCUCCGAUUGCCGCGCCUAUACCUCCAUCUACGCCGCCUCUCUCUCUGACCAGUACGGUGCCACUGACCCUGGAACCGCCAAGUGCCUCUUCGGCCUCGAUUUUUCCUCCUCCGGUUCCAUCGGUAAGCGCCGAAUCAUUAUUAUCGUCGUUUCCGUUUUCUGUUUUGUGGCUUUGCUUGCUUUUGCCGGGGUUUGGACUUACGUUAGAUUCAAGAAGAGGAAGGAGGUUGCGAGAGGGAAGGGUGUUGGAACAUCUGAACUUGGUUUGGGUUCUCGGUUGGAUUCCAUAAACCAGAGUACGACUUUGAUUAGGUUCACAUUUGAUGAGAUUAAAAAGGCUACUAGGAACUUCUCCAGGGAUAACAUAAUCGGGAGUGGGGGCUAUGGGAAUGUUUAUAAGGGGGUGUUGUUGGAUGGUAGCCAAGUUGCAUUUAAGAGGUUCAAGAAUUGUUCUGUUGCUGGGGAUGCUAGCUUCACUCACGAAGUUGAGGUUAUUGCGAGUGUUCGCCAUGUGAAUCUUGUUACCUUAAGAGGUUAUUGUACUGCCACCACCAAUUUAGAGGGCCACCAGAGGAUUAUUGUCACUGAUUUGAUGGAAAAUGGGAGUCUUUAUGAUCAUUUGUUUGGUUCUUCUAAGAAGAACCUCAGUUGGCCUACUCGUCAAAAGAUUGCUCUUGGCACUGCUAGAGGGUUGGCUUAUUUGCAUUAUGGGGCUCAACCUUCCAUCAUUCACAGGGAUAUUAAAGCUAGUAACAUUCUUCUGGACCAUAAGUUUGAAGCCAAGGUGGCGGAUUUCGGGUUGGCGAAGUUCAACCCCGAGGGAAUGACGCAUAUGAGCACUAGAGUGGCUGGGACUAUGGGGUAUGUUGCUCCUGAAUACGCCUUGUAUGGACAGUUGACAGAGAGAAGUGAUGUGUUCAGUUAUGGUGUUGUGCUUCUUGAGCUUUUGAGUGGGAAAAAGGCUCUUCAAACGAACGAUGAUGGGCAACCCUCUGCACUCACUGACUUGGCUUGGUCGUUGGUUAGAAACGGUAGCGCUUUGGAUGUUGUUGAAGAUGGCAUUCCAGAACCUGGUCCACCAGAAGUUCUUGAGAAGUAUGUGUUGAUUGCUGUGUUGUGUUCUCAUCCACAGCUAUAUGCUAGGCCAACAAUGGAUCAGGUUGUUAAAAUGCUGGAGACAGAUGAAUCGGUUCCUUCGUUAAUGGAAAGGCCAAUUCCUUUUAUUGCUGGGAGGAUUGAUAUUGAGAAAUCUGCGCUGAGUAACUCGGGUCAGCUCUGCAGUCCAACUGGUUAUCAAGCAUAUACAUUACAAAGUCGCGGCAGAUCUGCCUCUAAAGAAGAAGAGGAAGAAGAUGAAGGAAGUUCAGUGGCUGAUACUGUUACCACGGAAUGA